GAGGCCUACUUCGGUUGGAUCGCCGAGUAUGGCCUCCAGGCAGACGUCCUCCCCUCCCGCUGGAGCAUGCACGUGGAGCCGCAAACGGGACGCCUCUACUACGUGAACUCCGAAGACGGCAGCAGCAGCUGGGAAAACCCACUGACCGAGAGCUGCCUACGCCCCGUGAUCGACAUUGGCAGAGGCUACCUGCAGGCCCCAUCCGACGGCUAUUUCGAAGAGCAGAAGAUGGCGCUCUGGGCAGCCCACAAGCACAACUUGGAGGGCUGGCAUGGACCUCACGUGGAUGAAGACGGACGCGAGUACUACGCCAACUCCGAGCUCAACGUCUCCUCGUGGCAGGACCCCAGGGAAGAGACACAGUCCCUUGGACUGAAAGCAAGGAGUCCAUGGCCCUCCCUGCCUGUUGAAGCGGACGGAGUCGACCAUUUGCUUUCACAAGCUAGUCUUGACCAAGGUUCAUCCUGGUAUCAACAGGAUCAAUCACUUCGCUUGUUUCCAACACCCCCAUCACCCAUUUCAAAGCCGAUCACGUCCAAGAUGGACACAGCCAGCUGGAUCACGUCCGCAUCAGGUUCAUCUUCGAGCUGCAGAGCGGCCUUUUGGAUGCGCUCGAGGAGCAGCACGUGGGAGCGGCCAGCGGAGCGCGGAGCGGUCAGGGCGGACGGAGCACGUGGCGAGCGCGGUCGCGGAGCGGUCGAAAGGGUCCCGAGGUCCAUGGUGCGGAGGUUGGGCGAAGACCGCUGCAGUUGGGGUUGCUGGUCAAUCAAAUGA